UUCUUCUUUACACCGCCUUUUUUCUAUUCCGACAACUUCCCUUUUCCACUUAUCGACUGAAUCUCUCUUCUGGCUCCGCUAAUUUGACAUUUGCAUAGCCAACAGAGCGCUUUUUCCGACCGAAUUCAAAGAGUGCCCGAUAAAACAUUGUUUCGAGAUAUUAAAACUUUUCCGAUUGAAGAAUCAUGGAAAUUUUGUUCCACGGAAAACGCGCUCUUGUGACUGGAGCUGGAAAAGGCAUCGGUCGAGCUUUGGCGUUGAAAUUGGCCGAUUGCGGAGCCGAAGUCGUAGCUGUUAGCAGAACUCAAUCAGACCUCGAUGCCCUCAAGAAAGAAAGCCCCAAAAUCCAGCCUUUGUGCCUGGACAUCGGAAACUGGGAGGUGACCAAAAAUGCCCUCAAAAGCGUCGGUCCCAUCGAUCUGUUGGUCAACAAUGCUGGCAUUAUGGAACCGAAAGAAUAUGGGACUUACACGGAACAAGAUUGUGACAAGACAUUUAAUAUCAACGUGAAAGCCAUAGUUAACAUAGGACAAAUGAUAGCUAACGACAUGAAGACAAGAGGCACUGGUGGGUCCAUCGUCAAUGUAUCCAGUGUGAUGGGCUUCACUGUUGCGCCUAGUUAUGGAGUAUAUUGCGCCAGCAAGGGAGCAGUGGACCAGUUGACGAGAAGCAUGGCUGUAGAAUUCGGACCCUACAAUAUUCGAGUGAAUUCGAUUAACCCGACUGUUGUCCGCACGAGGAUGGCAGAGAAAGAAGGCCUUCUGGACAAAGAUAAUGAAUUCGCCCAGAAUAUGAUCAAAAGAACCCCUCUCAGACGAUUUGCUGACCCAGGGGAUGUUGUAAACCCUAUCCUGUUCUUGCUGAGUGAUAAAGCUGCCAUGAUUACUGGCAUCACAGUUCCUGUGGAUGGUGGUCUGGCAGUCAAUUAUGUCUGAAAUAUUGCAAGUUGUUCAUUCCUGAUUGCAGUUCUUCAAUUUUCUUUUUCCAGCACAUCCAAUGUUAAUACUUGUUUUACUGAAUAGUACCAAAUUGUAUGAAUAUGCAUAUAUAUUUUCUUAAAUAAAAGCAAUUUUUUAUUUCCUAGA